GUCAUUAUUUUUGCAUACAAAGUUACACUAGACUCUUUUAAUUUAGCUUUGACUGGUUUUGCAAGCUUUACUUCUCGGGUUUGAGCUUCAUGAAAGUCAUUUGUUUUUCUGCGAAUAACUUCUGCAUGAAGUUGAACAGGAGCGGUCAACUAAGAUACAAGAUCCAUUUUUUUUUGUUGUGUAUUGGUUAUCGUCUAUGUUCUUGUUGUAGGCCUGCAGCAUUAGUAUUACCACUUUUAAUUACAAUACUAAUUUUGAGUGCAGUGUUCAUUUUGCAGAAGCAUGAAUCGAUUUUGCAUAACUGUUUUUUCUUUAAAUAUUAAUAUCCUCAAAUGUUAUCAUUUAAACACCUGCACAGGCUGUACCUCUCCAGCGCAAAAUGGAUCCUGGGGAUUUUCUCAUCCUCACCGUGUAAAUUUAGAUUCAGUCUAGGUUUUUAAGAUUAAUUCGGAAAUGGCUGUUUCUGUUGCUGUUUUUAGGAGACACACUGAUGAAAAAACUCAAUGGGCAAAUAAUUGUUUCAUUUGAUUUGUUACUAAAUGAAAAAUACACAAAGUAGGACAAUGUGGUCAGCUUUAGACGUAUUUUUUUAAAUAAGGGUGGGUUUAAAAAAAAAAUAAUCUCACGAUUAGCAUCCAGCAAAUAAAAUAUCUUCUCGUCUUUUAUUUUCAAUGGGUAAAUGCUGCAUUCGGUGUCUCCCGGAAAGUGAGAUACUCCCAGUGCAACGGCAACUUUUGGUAAGAACAUAAGGUUUUUUCUAUACUAGUGUUAUGUUGCCUUGUGGUGACAGAGUAAUGAAGAUUACAAGUAAAAUACGUUAUUUAUCUUUUUAAUAGUAAUCCUCGCAUCCCAGUAUUCUCAGUUGUACUGAUAGUUUCACAGUUUUCGAACGCAUCUUACGUCCUAAACAUUUUUUUUAACGUGACGUCAGGAUGUAUACUGCCCAGCCAAGAUGGCUGACAGCAUCCCGUUAAAUCCAGUACGGAAGAACUCGAAGCGAAUACCGUAUUACCACUCCGCCAGACUUUCAAGAUACUCCGUAGAAGAUGAGCCCUCUAACCUGGACGAGAUGCCUCUGAUGAUGUCGGAGGAAGGCUUUGAGAACGAUGAGAGCGACUACCAGACGCUGCCCCGGGCCAGAGUCAACCAAAGACCAAGGGGCCUCGGCUGGUUCCUCUUGGGAGGGUGGAAAGUCCUCUGUGGAAGCUGCUGCGACUGCCUGGCCCGCUGCUGUCGGAGGAGGAAGGAGCUGAAGGCGAGGACGGUUUGGCUCGGCUGCCCCGAGAAAUGCGAGGAGAAGUACCCCAAAAACGCCAUCAAAAACCAGAAGUACAACAUCUUCACCUUUGUGCCUGGGGUUCUCUACCAGCAGUUCAAGUUCUUCCUCAAUCUCUACUUCCUGGUGGUGGCCUGCUCCCAGUUUGUGCCGUCUCUGAAGAUUGGAUACUUGUACACGUACUGGGCGCCUCUGGGCUUCGUGUUGGCCGUUACAAUAAUGCGAGAAGCCGUGGACGAGGUGCGACGUUACCAACGGGACAAAGAGAUGAACUCUCAACUCUACAGCAAGCUCACGGUGCGAGGUAAAAUUCAAGUGAAGAGUUCAGACAUACAAGUUGGGGACCUCAUCAUCGUUGAAAAGAACCAAAGGAUUCCUGCAGACAUGAUAUUCCUGAGAACAUCAGAGAAAAAUGGUUCGUGCUUCAUCAGGACGGACCAGCUGGACGGAGAAACGGACUGGAAACUGAAGGUCGCUGUGGGAUGCACGCAGCGGCUUCCUGCAGUGGGGGAUCUGUUCUCCAUCAGCGCCUACGUGUACGCCCAGAGGCCUCAGCUGGACAUCCAUAGCUUUGAGGGGAACUUCACACGGGAAGACGCAGACCCACAGGUCCACGAGAGUCUGAGUAUUGAGAACACGCUUUGGGCCAGCACAGUUGUUGCGUCUGGCACGGUGAUCGGGGUGGUGAUCUACACAGGCAAGGAGACCAGAAGCGUACUGAACACAUCCUUUGCCAAGAACAAGGUGGGCUUACUGGACCUCGAGCUAAACCGGCUCACCAAGGCCCUGUUUCUGGCCCAGGUGGUUCUGUCUAUUGUCAUGGUGGCAGUGCAAGGGUUUGUGGGUCCUUGGUUCCGCAACCUCUUCAGAUUUGUUGUGCUUUUCUCCUACAUCAUCCCCAUAAGUUUGCGUGUGAACCUGGACAUGGGGAAGUCUGCCUACGGCUGGAUGAUCAUGAAGGACGAAAACAUCCCCGGCACUGUGGUGAGGACCAGCACCAUCCCAGAAGAACUCGGCCGGCUGGUCUACCUGCUGACAGACAAGACAGGCACUCUGACACAGAACGAAAUGGUCUUCAAGCGGCUGCACCUGGGGACGGUGUCCUACGGCACCGACACCAUGGAUGAGAUCCAGAACCACAUAGUCCAGUCAUAUGCACAGGUGACCUCCCAGCCCUCCAAUGGCGGCACCAGUGGCUCCACUCCGCCGCGGAAGCCCCAGACAUCGGGCCCGAAAGUCCGCAAGAGCGUCAGCAGUCGCAUCCACGAGGCGGUGAAGGCCAUCGCCUUGUGCCACAAUGUCACCCCCGUCUACGAGUCGCACGCCGCCGUGAGCGGCGAGCCGGAGUCCGCCGAGGCCGACCAGGACUUCAGUGAUGACAACCGCACCUACCAGGCCUCCAGUCCCGACGAGGUGGAGCUGGUGCGGUGGACGCAGAGCGUCGGCCUGACCCUGGUGAACCGAGACCUGGCCUCGCUGCAGCUGAGGACUCCCUCCGGACAGAUUCUCUCCUUCCUCAUCCUGCAGAUCUUCCCCUUCACCUCCGAGAGCAAGAGGAUGGGCAUCAUCGUCAGGGAGGAGUCGACGGGAGAAAUUACUUUCUACAUGAAGGGCGCGGAUGUUGCCAUGGCGAGCAUCGUCCAGUACAACGACUGGUUGGAAGAAGAGUGUGGGAACAUGGCCCGAGAAGGCCUGAGGACGCUAGUGGUGGCGAAGAAGUCUCUGUCCGAGGAGCAGUAUCAGGACUUUGAGAACCGCUACAACCAGGCGAAGCUGAGCAUCCACGACCGAGGCCUGAAGGUCGCGGCUGUGGUGGAGAGCCUCGAGAGGGAGAUGGAGCUACUGUGUCUGACCGGCGUGGAGGACCAGCUGCAAGCAGACGUUAGGCCCACGCUGGAGCUGCUGAGGAACGCUGGCAUCAAGAUCUGGAUGCUGACGGGGGACAAGCUGGAGACGGCUACGUGCAUCGCCAAAAGCUCCCACUUGGUGUCCAGAAACCAGGACAUCCACGUCUUCAAACCGAUCUCGAACAGAGGAGAGGCACAUCUGGAGCUCAACGCCUUCAGAAGGAAACAUGACUGUGCUCUGGUCAUCUCUGGAGACUCCUUGGAGGUGUGCCUGCGGUAUUACGAGCACGAGUUUGUGGAGCUGGCGUGUCAGUGUCCGGCGGUGGUCUGCUGUCGCUGCUCCCCCACCCAGAAGGCCCAGAUCGUCACGCUCCUCCAGCAGCACACGGCCAACAGAACCUGCGCCAUAGGGGAUGGAGGAAAUGAUGUCAGUAUGAUCCAGGCUGCAGACUGUGGUAUUGGAAUUGAAGGAAAGGAAGGGAAGCAGGCGUCUCUGGCCGCAGACUUCUCCAUCACUCAGUUCAAGCACAUCGGCCGCCUGCUCAUGGUUCACGGCAGGAACAGCUACAAGCGCUCUGCAGCGCUCGGUCAGUUCGUCAUGCACAGAGGAAUGAUCAUCUCCGCCAUGCAGGCCGUCUUCUCUUCAGUAUUUUUCUUUGCCUCUGUGCCGUUGUACCAGGGUUUCCUCAUGGUCGGGUACGCCACUAUGUACACCAUGUUCCCUGUGUUCUCCCUGGUUCUGGACCAGGACGUGAAGCCAGAGAUGGCGCUUCUUUACCCAGAGCUUUAUAAGGACCUCACCAAGGGGCGCUCGCUAUCUUUCAAGACCUUCCUCAUUUGGGUUCUGAUAAGUGUGUAUCAAGGGGGCAUCCUGAUGUACGGCGCGCUGCUGCUGUUUGAGUCGGAGUUCGUGCACGUGGUCGCCAUCUCCUUCACGGCGCUCGUCCUCACGGAGCUGCUGAUGGUGGCGCUGACCAUCCGCACCUGGCACUGGCUCAUGGUGGUGGCCGAGUUCUUCAGCCUGGGCUGCUACCUGGCUUCCCUCGCCUUCCUCAACGAGUACUUUGGCAUAGGCAGGGUGUCCUUUGGAGCCUUCCUGGACCUGUCGUUCAUCACCACCUGGCCUUUCCUGUGGAAGGUGUCCGCCAUCACGUUGGUCAGCUGUCUUCCUCUCUAUAUAAUCAAAUACCUGAAGCGCAAGUUCUCCCCGCCGAGCUACUCCAAACUGUCGUCAUGAGCCCCACUGGGAUCACUGGGAUUACGUUGGUUUUGUAGUGCUUCUUUGACCUUUCAGCACUUUCUACUACUUUUUUUUUUUGUUCAAUCACUGAUCGUGAGUGAUGGAAAGGUAAGGAACCACUGGAACAAUCGCACAUGGAGAGAAAUGAAAUGUUCUUUGGAUUAUGUCACUGAGACUUGGGAUUACUUGAAAAACACAUGAAAUCAAUGACUGCAAAGGGUGGGAGGGCAACAUGGUGCGAGAGACUGCACUUGUAACUCGACCCCCGUUUGUCGGUGAAAAAAAGGGGUCCAUCUGCCUUCAUUUUAGUUUUAGAGCAUUUUAAACAAAUCGGCUUCAAAUUUUAUUUUAUACACCGCAUUGCUUUUUAUACGCGAGGUUCCUAAUUCAUUUCAAGUGUCAUGUCUUUUUUUUUUUUAUUCCAGGUAUUAUAAAAUAUAAAUUUGCUGUCCUGCGUCUUUGAGCGGAGGUAAGUUGCUGUAAGGGAUAAAAGAGAAAAUAAAAAGUCGUUACUUUGAAUGUUUUCCUGCCUUUCUGUAAGUAAAUCGAUCUAAGACCUCACUGCGCUCCUUAAAAUGACGACAUUCACGGUGACAUUCACUGACCUCAUGACGCGCCGUAUGUCCUGCACAUUUCUACGACGGCGAGUCCAUCGCUCCUCCUCGUGAUGUGUGACCUCGAUCACAUGGCACUCUCCCGCUUUUGUGCCUCAUCCUCAUCGCUGUUCAUGUGCAGGAGCUUUCGUUGCUUCAGCCGGAUCUCGACUUCCCGGAGCACGAAAAGUACUUAGAAAUAGUCAUUUCUUUAGGCCUUAACCGAUAAUGAGACUCUUCUGGGUUUCCGUAGCAGACGUUGACGUUUAGCUCUUUGGGGGAAUGAGUAUUAUAACUCGCUCUGUGUACUAACAACAUACAGUCAGGUUGUAUCUCUGUGGGAAUCCUAUUUGAGUCCAACUCGGGUCCAUCAUUUCAAUUCCAAAUGUUGAUUCCUGUUUCUUCUGUCAUGGCUUUUUUGUGUGUACGUGAUGUUGUAUAAACUUUUCUUUCUUGUCAAGUUGCGUUCCCCACGCCGUAUUACGGCUUCUAACAAUGUCUGUUAUUUAUAUGUUAGUACGUAAUAAAUAAUAAAACGAGACAAAGGAUGCCAAGAA